AUGUGCAAAUAUGACGAGGCUAGCAAAGACCGCCCGGAUGAGAGAGUCGGGAAAGUUCGGAAGAUAUAUUUUAUGAGACAGUUGCUUGUCUGCAGUAUAAUAUGGGUGCACUAUUUCGUGUGCGGUCUUUGCUUCGGUGCCCCCACAGUGCUUAUACCUCAGAUACGGAGGGAAGCGAAUAGCACGCUGGCCGUAGACGAGGAAAUGGGAUCCUGGCUUUGUUCCGUUUUUGGUUUCGCCGCGAUCCCUUGGACCUUCAUUAUACCGUUGACCAUCAGGCGCUUUGGAAGGAAGAUCCCGUAUCUGAUAGUGUGCGUGAACAUCCUGGGUGUGUUCAUUGCGCUGUACCACAGCGUUACACCGCUGCAGAUACUGCUCAGCGAGAUAAUGCAAGGCCUCAACCACGCCGCAAACGUUACCGUGUCUAUCAUCAUCAUCACCGAAUACACAUCUGCGAGGUACCGAGGCGUGUUCCUCACUAUCAAGUCAGCCACGUUCUUCUGGGGUGUUUGGAUGUCCAAUUCUAUCGGUACAUUCUUCCACUGGAAGUAUAUACCGGUGUGCGGGAUCGUCUGCAGCGUGUACUGUCUACUUAGCCUGUUCUGGCCGGAGUCACCGUACUGGCUCGCAACGAGAGGCCGGUUUGACGAGUGCAGACGCUCGCACCGUUGGCUCCACGGCGACGACGAGCAGUCGUCCCUGGAAGUUGAGAACCUGAUCGCUUCGCAAGUCGAAUACGAUAAGAGUCGUGAUUCGCGACGGCAGUGGACGUUUUACAAAGUUUUGCAAAUAACAAAAUGUGGCGAGUUCUACAAACCCGUUUUGCUGUCCGUCCUAAUGGUCACGCAGUACCACCUGUCGGGGAAAUAUGUGUGCAGUAUGUACGCUAUAGAUAUAAUAAAGAAGAUCACGAAAAACGAGGGUACAGCGUACACGGGAAUGCUGAUUCUUGAUGGAGUCACGGUUCUGGGGAUGUACGUAGGUUGCUCCCUAUCGAAGGUUCUUAGGAGACGGACUUUAUACAUAGGUUCGUCGUGUAUAGGCAUCACCUCUCUGUUCAUCAUCGCCCUGUAUUUGUAUCUGAUUAAACUGUCCGUUAUUGAGGAGAGGAAGAUUGUUUCGAUUGCACUGCUGAUUGCGUUCUCAGUGCCAAUCAGUUGCGGUCCCAUGAUAAUGACCACUUCGAUAUAUGGCGAGAUCAUACCGUUAAGGUUCAAGACGGCCUCAUUUCUCAUAACGGCUUUCGUGAGCGAGAUUUUCAGCACGUCUUUCUUGAAGAUCGCCCCCUUGAUAUUCAGGACGUUGGGAAUACACGGUGCAUUCCUGUUUUACGGCCUCUCUUCUGGAAUUUGUACGGUUCUGCUAUACGUUUUCCUACCGGAGACGAAGGACAAAACACUGCAGGAAAUUGAGGGAUAUUUCAAGAGUAAAGAAAUGGAGGCGAAAGGAAUUGAGUAUUUGACGCCGCUCCAAAAGACUUCA